AUGAAGAAUCUCUCGCGCAACUCCAGAGAGCACUCGAGGCUGCAGCAAAGCUACUCCCACACGGUCUCCGUGACUUUCGGGGUGGACAUGCAAGCAAGGAACUUGCUAUCCGAGACUCCAUAUCCGGAGACUGUGAAAGAAGUCCAUAAGCAGCGGUUCUGGAAGCUCGCCUACAGGAUCCAGUACUUCAUCGAAGCAGCGCGCAACAAAUAUCCUCAGGAUAAGGGUAUUGAAGGGAGGCAUGGACUCGGUGAGGGUGAAGAUUUCUAUGGGAAUGGCGACUGGGAGUUGCAAGCUCAGAAGGCGUACGAGCGGAAGCUGGAAGAACCCAAGAUUGCGGAAGAAGAACAGAUUGAUGCUGAGGAGGAGCUUGAUGAAGAUGGUGAGUCUGAUUCGGAGGGAGAGCCUGAUGCAUAG